AUGAAGGUCGCUAUCGUAGGCGGAUCAGGGGAGACUGGCACCGCUAUCAUCAACGCUCUUUUUGAGUCUGAAAUCCCAGACUUGAAAAUCAUCGCCCUUGUCCGACCCGCUUCCGUCAAGAAACCCAACGUUGUCGCCCUCGAGAAGAGGGGAGUUGCUAUCGCCAGUGUUGACCUGGAGGGCCCCAAAGCUGAGCUUGUCAACGUCCUUAAGGACGUCGACGUCCUGAUCUCGACUAUCCACGUCAGCGGACUGGGAAGCCAGAUUCCCCUCGCCGACGCCGCCAAGGCCGCCGGCGUGAAGCGAUUUGUUCCCUGCUUCUUCGCCACCGUCGCGCCUCCCAAGGGCGUGUUAACACUGCGCCAGCUGAAAGAAGAAGCUCUCCUCCACGCAAAGAAGAUUUCCCUCCCCUACACCGUCAUUGACGUCGGCUGGUGGUACCAACUCAGCAUCCCGCGCCUCCCCUCUGGGCGUAUCGAUUCCGCGACGCCUUUGCCGGUCAACUUCAUCGCCGGAGAUGGCAACACUCCAUCUGCGUUGACGGAUGUGAGAGACGUCGGAAGGUUCACUGCUCGCAUCAUCGCCGAUUCUCGCACCAUUAACAAGAUGGUUUUCGUCUAUGGUGCCGUUCUCUCCCAGAAUCAGAUCUUCGACAUGCUGGACAAGAUGAGUGGCGAGAAUACCAAGCGUGAUUACAUGUCUGUUGAGGCUAUGGAAGCCGUUCUGGCUGAAUCUCUGACAGUGGGUGCCAUUAAGGAAAAUGCUUUUGAUCACAGGAUGAAGAUCUUUUACGAGUACUGGUACUCGAUGGGCGUGCGAGGAGACAAUACCCCAGAGUAUGCCGAGUUUCUCGGGUACAUUGACGGGACUAAGCUGUACUCAGAGUUUAAGCCCAUCGCCUUCGAGACUUUCCUCGGAGAAGUUCUUGAUGGGAAAUCGAUUUCCAUUUAUGACAGUCUCAAGGAUGAUUUGCGAUAG